AUCCCCAAAUUCAAAACCCUAAAUCAUCUUCAUCUUCCCCAAGAUGCCUGCAAUUCCAGAAGAGCCGCUUUUAAUGGCCAACCCGGACCGGUUCUGCAUGUUCCCGAUUCAAUACCCGGAGAUCUGGGAAAUGUACAAGAAGGCCGAGGCCUCGUUCUGGACCGCCGAGGAAGUCGACCUCGACCAGGACCAGCGCCACUGGGAGACCCUAACCCCGGGAGAGAAGCACUUCAUCACUCACGUCCUCGCCUUCUUCGCCGCCUCCGACGGCAUCGUCCUCGAGAAUCUCGCCGGGCGGUUCAUGAAGGAGGUCCAGAUCUCGGAGGCGCGUGCCUUCUACGGCUUCCAGAUCGCGAUUGAGAACAUCCACUCCGAGAUGUACAGCCUCCUCCUCGAGACCUACAUCAAAGACUCGGACGAGAAGAGCCGUCUUUUCCGGGCCGUCGACACCAUCCCCUGCGUCGCCAAAAAAGCCCAGUGGGCCCUGAAAUGGAUCGACGGCUCGGAGACUUUCGCGGAGCGAAUCGUGGCCUUCGCCUGCGUGGAGGGGAUCUUCUUCUCGGGGAGCUUCUGCGCGAUAUUUUGGCUUAAAAAGCGCGGGUUGAUGCCGGGUCUGACGUUCUCGAACGAGUUGAUCUCGCGAGACGAAGGCCUCCACUGCGACUUCGCGUGCCUGCUCUACUCUCUCCUCCGGAUGAAGCUCACCGAGGAGCGCGUGAGGUCAAUCGUGCGCAACGCGGUUGACAUAGAGAGGGAGUUCGUGUGCGACGCGUUACCGUGCGCGUUAGUUGGAAUGAACGGCGAUCUGAUGAGCCAGUACAUUGAGUUUGUGGCUGAUAGGCUGCUGGGGGCAUUGGGAUAUGGGAAGAUGUAUGAUGUGCAGAACCCAUUUGAUUGGAUGGAGCUGAUUAGUCUUCAGGGGAAGACUAAUUUCUUUGAGAAGAGAGUUGGGGAGUACCAGAAGGCCUCAGUUAUGAACAGCAUUAGUGGCAAUGGUGGCAACCAUGUCUUCAAGAUGGAUGAGGAUUUCUAAUUUAUUAGGGCUUUUUUUUUUUUA